AUGACCCCGCCAUCAGCUGCUCUUCUGCCCCUCCUUCUCCUUGCGCUGGCCGGCCGCUCCCGGGCGCAGGAAGACGGCAGCGCGAACCAAAUUACCAGCACAAGCUCCAAGGUCUGGGCCGCCGUCGCAUUUAUCAACCACGGCGAGACGACGCCGUUUCUGCGCAGCGCGAGCCCGGUCCUGACGCCGAGCGGCGCGCAGCAGCUGUACCGGCAGGGCACGGCGUUUCGCGGCCGCUACCUCGCGCCGUCGACGGUCAAGAAUGCGUCGUCGUCGUCGUCGUCUGAGGCCGCGACCAUUCAGGGUCUGUCGCAGAAUGCGAUUGAUAACGCGCAGCUGAAGAUACUCGCGCAGACAGACGAGUGGGUGGUGGGCGGCGCAGUCGCUUUCAUGCAGGCGCUGUAUCCGCCGAAUAGCAAUGCGUUCAGUAAGGCGGCCGGGGGUCAGGCGUUGGCUGACAAUGGCGACAACUCCAACGCGACGAGUUAUCCCCUCGAUGGCUACCAGUAUCCGCAGAUUGAGACGCUUGCCAGCACGGAUGCAAACUCUGUUGGCAUCCAAGGCCAUGUCGGCUGCCCUACCUGGCAACACGCCUCGACGGCUAAUCUCACCACCAACCCAACACUCAAAGACGCCGCGCAGAAGAGCGCCGACUUUUACACCAAGCUCUUUAGCUCUGGCCCGCUGCAGGGCGCCGUCGCCGCCGACGACGCCAACUUGUUCAACGCCUACGACAUUUACAACCUCGUCCGCUACGAGAACAUGCACAACGCUACCGUCGCCGCCAAUCUCGCCAACGCCGACGAAACGCUCGCGCGGCUCGCCGCCGACGCCUUCACCAUGGAGCGGGCCAAGUCGGACCCGGGCUCCAGCACAGCCAACGACACGGCGAGCGUUGCGCUGACCAUUGCCGGCCGCACGCUCGCGCAUCUCGUGGCUGACCAGCUGGUCCUCGACGCUAAUCGAACAGCGAAUCGCGUGCAGCGGCUGACGCUGCUCUUUGGCUCGUUCCAGCCGCUCAUGGCGCUCUUCUCCGUUGCGGGCCUGCUCACCCGCGACAACGUCAUUAGCACGGCUAUUGGCAACGUCACCGCGCCGGGCGCGGCCAUCGUCUUUGAGCUCAUUGGACAAAACGCCAAAGGUGCGGCCGGCUUUCCCAAGCCUGAGGACUUGAGCGUACGUUUCGUCUUCCGUCCGACGGCGGACGAGAGUGAUGCGUUCCAGGUGUUUUCACUGUUUGGCUCGGGCAACGGUGGCCGCAGCAUCCCGUAUCUCGCGUUUCGCGAGAAAAUGGCGUCGAUUGGCAGAGAGGCGGCAGACUGGUGCCGGAUCUGCAAGCCCAGCGGAUCUGCGAGCGCGUGGUGCCAGGAAGGGACUGCGGGUGGUGCCGAUAACGGUCGUGCGCGGAUGAGUCCCGCAGUGGCAGGCGUGAUUGGCGCCGUCAUCAUGGGCGCGCUGGUGGCGCUGGCUGUGUUGGCGCUCUGCGGCCUCGGGGGAUUUCGCCUGCGGCGUCGCAGCAGAGACGGUGCUGGGGCUCGCGGUGCAGAGAAGCGCGGCGGAGACCCGGACGUGACGUAUGGAAGCGGAGGGGAGGCGCAGGAGCGCAUCGGAAGCUGGGAGUUGAAGGGGCAGCCAAAGAGCGAGAGCCACGUGCAGCAGCAAAGAAGAUCGCUGGACGAGGAUGCGGGAAGUGACGUGGAGAAUGCCACCCCUGUGAAAACGCGCGAGGCUUUUUGA